AUGCAUUUCAUAUCGACGACGCCUUCGCUGCACAGCACUGAGUACUCUUCAUGGGGCACGCUUUCCUCACACCCUGCAUCUCCCCUUCCACCGUCAUCGAAUGGGCACGUGCCAUCAUCUGUGGGAACAACAUGUCUCCCGAGCCCUGGUAGUGUUUAUACACUAAUCAGCUCAGUUCACCCCGCCCUCCAACUCGGCGCCUCUUCGCCCCAUCUAUUCUUCGACGUCCGAAAAGACAUCUCUCAAAUCCGACAAAACCCGAACUACCCAUUCACGUUUGCCGACGCCGCCUUCUCCCCUCCCACCGCUCGUGUUUCCCUUCGCAUUCAAGGAACCCAAGUUAAAUCAGACUUCACAACUCUCAACGGUCGCUUCAUCACCAUAGGCGAUAUACUACAAUGGGUAUACCUGCAAGCCAACUCCCCAGUGUCGAAGGACGUCUAUAACUCCUUGCCUAGAGACGUGCAAUCUGCCGCAAGCACAAAUUUCCGUGGAAGAGUGGGGGGGAAUACGACUGAGUUCAACAAGGGGCUUUAUAUGCUCGACGUGCUCGGCCCGAGGAUGUUCUUUGUUGGGCUGUGCAGAUCCCCGGAUGGUGUGUGGGACGCAAUAUUUUCUGCGCCACCCACCGCACGCUAUUGA